CCCCCAAGACUCCCCGGAGCUGGCUGCAGGAGGCGCGGGCGCGAGCUGGCAAGGAGCGGGUGGCGGUGACAGGAGGCGCGAGCUGGCACCCCAUCCCCCGCUCGGCGCGCCGCUGGCCCCACCAUGGAGCCCACCGUGUCGCUGGCCGUGUGUGCGCUGCUCUUCCUGCUCUGGGUCCGCGUGAAGGGGCUGGAGUUCGUGCUCAUCCACCAGCGCUGGGUGUUCGUGUGCCUCUUCCUCUUGCCGCUCUCGCUCAUCUUCGACAUCUACUACUACGUGCGCGCCUGGGUGGUGUUCAAGCUCAGCAGCGCGCCGCGGCUGCACGGGGAGCGGGUGCGGGACAUCCAGAAGCAGGUGCGGGAAUGGAAAGAGCAGGGCAGCAAGACUUUCAUGUGCACGGGACGCCCCGGCUGGCUCACUGUCUCGCUGCGGGUCGGCAAGUACAAGAAGACACACAAAAACAUCAUGAUCAACCUGAUGGACAUUCUGGAGGUGGACACCAAGAAACAGAUUGUCCGUGUGGAACCCUUGGUGACUAUGGGUCAGGUGACCGCCCUGCUGAACUCCAUUGGCUGGACCCUGCCCGUGUUGCCUGAGCUCGAUGACCUCACUGUAGGGGGCUUGAUCAUGGGCACAGGCAUUGAGUCAUCAUCCCACAAGUAUGGCCUUUUCCAACACAUCUGCACUGCCUAUGAGCUGGUCCUGGCCGAUGGCAGCUUCGUGCGAUGCACACCGGCAGAAAACUCAGACCUGUUUUACGCCGUGCCGUGGUCCUGCGGGACCCUGGGCUUCCUGGUGGCCGCCGAGAUCCGCAUCAUCCCAGCCAAGAAGUACGUCAAGCUGAGGUUUGAGCCCGUGCGGGGCCUGGAAGCUAUCUGUGACAAGUUCACCCGUGAGUCCCAGCGGCCGGAGAACCACUUCGUGGAAGGACUGCUCUACUCCCUGGACGAGGCCGUCAUCAUGACAGGGGUCAUGACCGACGAGGUGGAGCUCAGCAAGCUGAAUAGCAUCGGCAAUUACUACAAGCCCUGGUUCUUCAAGCACGUGGAGAACUACCUGAAGACAAACGAGGAGGGCCUGGAGUACAUUCCCCUGAGACACUACUACCACCGCCACACGCGCAGCAUCUUCUGGGAGCUCCAGGACAUCAUCCCCUUUGGCAACAACCCCAUCUUCCGCUACCUCUUCGGUUGGAUGGUGCCUCCCAAGAUCUCCCUCCUGAAGCUGACCCAGGGAGAGACCCUGCGCAAGCUGUACGAGCAGCACCACGUGGUGCAGGACAUGCUGGUGCCCAUGAAGUGCCUGCCGCAGGCGGUGCACACCUUCCACAACGACAUCCACGUCUACCCCAUCUGGCUGUGCCCAUUCAUCCUGCCCAGCCAGCCGGGCCUGGUACACCCCAAGGGAGAUGAGACCGAGCUCUAUGUUGACAUCGGAGCAUACGGGGAGCCUCGGGUGAAGCACUUUGAAGCCAGGUCCUGCAUGCGGCAGUUGGAGAAGUUCGUGCGGAGUGUGCAUGGGUUCCAGAUGCUGUACGCCGACUGCUACAUGAGCCGGGAGGAGUUCUGGGAGAUGUUCGACGGCUCGCUGUACCACCGGCUGCGGGAGCAGCUCGGGUGCCAGGACGCCUUCCCCGAGGUGUACGACAAGAUCUGCAAGGCCGCCAGGCACUGAGCGGGGCGGCCCGAACCGCAUGGACAUGUGGGUGGGCCCUGGCCCCCAGCGGCAGGAGGCGACUUCUCUUCACUCAAGCUUGGCUGCUCUCCCAGAUCCACACUUCCAGAAAGAAUCACCACCCUCUCCUCCCCCAGAAAUCUCUCCCGGGCCACCCCCGCGGCUCCCAGGGGCAGCCGAGUGGAAUGCAAAGGUCGUGGGCUCUGGAGUCAGACAUACCUGAGUCCAGUUCCCACUUCAGGCACUCAUGAGCUGUGUGACUCUGGGCAAGUCACUCGACCCCUCUGAACCUAGCUCUUCAUCUGUUGACAGGGGGCGACCGUACCCGCCUGCAGGCCGCGGUCCUCCAAGUCGAACGCUGGUCUCAUUCGGAGGUGCUGAGUACGUAGAGCUUCAGCUCUGUGGCUUUCUGUUCAGCACCUCUGACUGGCGGGCUCUGGAUGGAGCACCGAGUCCAGAAAGGGUCCGUGCGAGGUCCCCCGGGGACAGGUGUGGCUGGAAGGGUGAAGGGGGUGCAUCAGAGCUGGACCGCCGGUGUUUCGGUCAGCCAGAAGCACUCCUCGCCGAGAGGAAGGCUCCUAUGUAUCCCUGCAGUCCCGGGAGGGCAGCAGAUGGGGCAGGCGGGCCCAAGAUGUGCUGUGCCAAAGGUCCCGUCCAAAGUUCCCUGCCCUUCCUCCUUCCCGCUCAGGCGUGCGGGCCCUCCCCAGCCAUCACCCACAUCUCGGAGAGGACUUGUCCUUGGAAGACGUUUCACCUCUGACUCCUGUCCUGCCCGGGUGGAGUGAGUGGCUCGUGCUCUGAACCCGGUCCCGAGAUCCUGGGCCCACCCUCAGCUCCUCGGCCCCCCAUGCCUCAUCUGGUCCCGAGUGUGCCUAAGGCACAGUGUGGGUGCAAGGGGGACCACACCAAGCAGGAAAAUGGGGGACUCGGUGAGGGUGCUCACUGUGGGGCCGGAAGGAAAGCCCAUCAACUUGAUUUCUUCCACUCAUUCCCCCCUUCAUUCUCCCCACCCCACAGCUGUAGUUAAUUUCAGUGCCUUACCAACCCUAAGCUCAGAGAAAAUUCGCUUUGUUUCCCUUCCACAAGGAAGGGAGCCUCCCCAGGGCCUUCCCAACUCGUUAAAAUUUGAUUGUUUAUGCAACUCCGUCUGAAGAACGGCCCAGCCUCAGCUGAGGGCCCAGAAUCUGAGAAGGAAGUGUGUCUUGUGGGGAGCGGGGUUAAGUAAGCCAGCUGUGCCAAGCGGUGACCUACUGAGAGAGAACACCACCCUGGGAGGCAGGAGCUGGCUUUCCUUCCCUACUCCCUCGCCAGCAAGCAGUGCGACUGCAGGCAGGUCAUUUAGGCCAAGCUGCCGCCCCUCGUCUACCCCGUUGGUACAGCCAAGACCUCCCCAGGCCUCUCUGCUGCGGGAGCCCUUGCCUCUUAGACAACGGUCGCAGUGCGCAUGGAAGGUCAGCUGACAAAUAAAUCGUCCCAGCAGACACGUGGGCUGGCUCUCACUUCAGGUCCUUCCUUCAGUUUAAGGCCAGCUGUCAUGUCGCUUUCAGAGAGGCACACCUGGGCUUUCAGGGAGGUGUCCAUCCACUCACUGCAUGUGGCCAGAAUCCUGGAGUCACUCAGCCACCACCCUCCCACCCCCCCACCCCCCGGCCAGGUUCGACACGCUGCAAAGUGUUUUAGUGUGGUCUUGUGAGUGCUGGGCACAUUCACAGCACUCGGAAGGCAAAGAAACCAUCCUCCCCUCCCCCGCCCUCCGCCUUAUCCAUUGGGCCCCCCGGGGUGGGCAGGGGGGAACAUGAAAAAAAAAAACCUCAUUCUCCAGCUUGUUUGUAAAGCACGAGGCACGUGACUUCUGGUGUUCACUCUCACGGUGGGCCCCUGCGGGCUAAGCUGAUGAUCCUACUUCCUGUAGAGGAGCGGUUUGCCCAAGAAGAGUGACCCACCCAAUAAGGCUCUGUCGUUUCACCAGAGGGGCCCCAUCCUUAAGCUGCUGGGAAUGUGGCCAAGAGGUCAGCAGCCUCUGUCAUCCUAGAUGACAGACAGUCCUAGGAGAACCAAACUCCUGCCCUUCACAGGCCUCCCCUGGAAACUUGAGCUUGGAAGAAAGGAAGGUGUGGGGAUCACGCCAGCCUCAGGUUAAUGUUUUGCCCCGGUGAUCCCUUGCCCCAAAGGGGUAGAUUUCCAAGCCUGGGGAGCCUAGCCCCCAGCUGCUUCCAGUAGCCAGUCCCAUCGCUGUCCACCCCUGUGAUGGCUUCAGGUGUGGUGUGGGGAAGGUGAAGGGGUAAGCCUCCCCUCGAGGGCCCCUGAGGGUUCUGGCUGGAAGGAUGCCUAAAUUAGCUAUUACUGGAAGGGAAGGGAGGGGGUGGGGAUGCGUGUGGCAGUGCAUGGUGUGUGGGUUUUUUUCCCGUGAUCACGGGGACCAAGAGGAAAGGCACGAGUGUCCCCCAACAGGCUCUUGCCGCAGCAGGCGCUGUGCCCACUGUCUAGAACCCUUCACGUCCCUGUGCGGUUACUGCUGCUGUAAAAAUAAAAGCAUUACCUGGAAAUUA